UGUACUUUAUAGCCGGCGGCAUCUGUGAUUACGGAAGGGAAUUCAACGAAUUUCGUCAAACGCUACCCAUUACAUGGUGGGUUGUAAUAAAGAAGAGAAGUCUAAUUUCAGAUUUGUAAGCCGACGUUCAGCAGGCACGAUGACCUCAGAAAUGGAAGAGAGUCUUGACCAUCGAGAAGAUUUUCCGGAUUUCAAAAAUCUAGUGCGACGGAAGUUAACCAGUCUGUGGACAAAAGAGACGGCUUAUCGCAGAAUACCGGUUUUGCAGUGGGCUCCAAAGUAUAACUUUAACAGCUUAAUAUCUGACUGCAUUGCUGGCAUCACCGUUGGACUUACGUCUAUCCCACAAAGCAUAGCCUACGCCACUGUGGCAAAUUUAGAACCUCAAUAUGGGUUGUAUUCAAACUUUAUUGGAUCGUUUGUGUACGCUAUGCUCGGUUCAGUAAAAGAAAUAACUGUAGCCCCGACGGCUGUUAUGGCGUUGAUGGUUCAGCAACCAGUGCAAGAUCUUGGACCAGCUGGAGCUGUAUUAUCGUCUUUCUUAUCCGGAUGUAUUAUGCUGCUGCUGGGCUGCUUCAACUUUGGAUUUGUAGUGCAGUUUAUAUCUAUGCCCGUGAUCACUGGAUUUAUAACAGCAGCAGCUUUUACCAUUAUCAGCAGUCAAUUGAAGUCACUCAUGGGCAUAUCGUCUUCAGGAAAGUCGUCUGAAUUUGUGGACACAUGGAUCAAUUUGUACAAAAAUAUUGGAGAAACGCGAUUAUGGGAUUCUAUUUUGGGUUUCAGUUCCCUUAUCGUACUUAUUCUUUUAACUUUGAUCAAAGGUCGCGGUAGAGGUCGAUGGAAGACAUUCACCAAAUAUCUGUGUUUACUCCGCAAUGCUAUGAUUGUGCUUAGCGGUGGCUUGAUUGCUUAUGUAUGUAGCACACACGAUAUGUACCCAUUUAAACUGACCGGAAAAGUGGCCUCAGGAUUGCCCUCUCUUGAGCUGCCACCGUUUGAAACUGUGCACGACGGAAAGCAUUACGACUUCGUUGAUAUGAUUCGAACGCUUAGCUCAUCUAUCAUUUCUAUCCCACUCAUAUCAAUACUGGAAAUUGUAUCCAUUGGAAAAGCUUUUUCACGAGGAAAAUUAGUAGACGCUACGCAGGAAAUGCUCUCAUUGGGGUGCUGCAACGUCGCUGGAUCGUUUGUUUGCUCCAUUCCAACUACUGCUUCAUUUGCAAGAUCUGCUAUUAACAGCAGCAGUGGAGUGGCUACGCCGUUUGGAGGAGUUUUCACCGGUAUUCUGGUCUUGCUGGCACUCGGAUUGCUGACGGAUUAUUUUUUCUUUAUUCCCAAAACUACAUUGGCUGCAGUUAUUAUUGCUGCAAUGAUGUUUAUCAUUGAGUACAGAGCUGUCGCAGAAAUGUGGCGAACCAAACGCAUAGACAUUGUACCAUUUCUUGUAACAGUGGUGGCAUGUCUAUUUUUGGGGCUAGAGAUUGGAAUAGUUGUCGGAAUAGCAGUAAACCUGUGCUUUCCACUCUAUUUAGCAUCGCGACCCCGGAUUACUCAUCGACUUAUGAACGUUAACGACAAAACGGUUUUGAUCGUGCGUCCCGAUAGUGAUUUAGCAUUCUCAUCUGCGGAAUAUUUCCGUGAAAAAAUUCUCAAAUUAGUAACUCGCACCAUACCGGACGUAGUACUAAUCGACGGAGAAUGGGUUAAAUUCAUAGACAGUACGGUAGUGCGGAACCUAUCGAGUACUAUUAGCGAUCUAAGGCAACAGGAGCGCCAUGUGCUACUUUGGCGUUGGGAUAAACAUAUUCGAAGUGCAUUGUAUCGUUUUAAGAAACACAAAUUUAUGCCACUUUUUAGGAAUGAACCGAAUGCCGAAGAAGUGAUGGCAAACUGGAAGCCAGAUUUCGUAAAUGAGUCGUUUGUAAGCAACGUGUAAUUUUAAGUUAGUUAUUCGCCAUAAUCUUUUCUUAGGUGUCAUAUUGAAAAUAAAAAAUGAUGUGAUAAAA